GUAAUGAAUUUGAUAUAACAAUAAUGAAUUUCAUGUUUUGUUCAGUUUAAAGACUACCCAAAUCGAUCGUUCGAUUUUCAGAUUACUCGCAGAUACAAUACAUGCAAACAGAAAACGCACACAGCCCUAACACGCACAACACUCUCCGCCGCUGCGCCACUCGUCAGUCCACCCCAUCUGCCGCGCCGCCCGCAGCCGCCGCCUGCGCCACCACCUCCUUCGUCCAUCGUCCCAGAUUUGAGUGGCCAUGCCGGCGUAUGUGACAAAAAAAUGUAUGUCUAAUGUGGAAAUAGAUGGCUCAACGCGAAAGAAAAGAGUUAUUAUUGGUGAUCAGUUUCAGAAUGACCCUGUUGCUUCAUCAAUUUUAUAUACUAUGAGAGAUCCCGUGAAAGGAAGUAAUUGUGGUGGGUUGAAACGAAUGAAGUUGAAUGAUGUUGAAGUUGAGCACCUCUUAGAAAUGUACGAAGACGAAGAUGAGGUAGAGAUGAGGCCAAAUACGUCUAUAUCAGUGGGACAUCCUCAUAUGGAUGGUGGACAUACUGCGCUUAACAAAGAACCUUCUGAACCUGCACAUUCUCAGAGGUACAAAGAUGUAAUGGGUUAUUUGUUGAAGCCAGCUAGUAGUUAUACCUUACUGUACGAACCACAUCUUGUUCCAACAUCAAAAACUCCUUACAAAAAGAAGGGGAAAUGUAAAUCCACACAACAAAAUGUCCAGAAAAGUAGUCCACAGAAGACUCCCACCAAAAAAGAAGCACAAAUCAGUUCAUUCCCAAGAAAUGUCAGGACUCUAACAGUCACCGGUAUGCUUGAUGGGGCACAUGUGCAGUAUCUUUCUGCAUCAAAGGAGAAGGAGCUUCGUGGAGUUAUCAAAGGCCCUAGCUAUCUUUGUGGGUGCAAGUCUUGUAAUUACUCUAAGGAAGUAAAUGCUUAUGAGUUUGAAUCCCACGCGGGUUGCAAAACAAGUCACCCCAACAAUCACAUACACUUGGAGAAUGGCAAGACCCUCCAUUUUGUUGUUCAGGAGUUAAAGGAAACCCCUCCAACUAUGUUAUGUGAUGCCAUUCAAACUGUCACCGGCCCUUCUCUGAAUCGAGAAGCUUUCGAUUCUUGGAAAGAAUCAUUUGAAGCUUGUUUGGCGAAAGGGAAAUAGCUUGGUAACUAGCUAUGACACUAUAAUUCAUAUGUAAUUGGGAAAACUGUCUUGUGGGAAGGGUCCACUAGAUUUUCCAUUUCCUUAGCAUAUAGUAUGAUUCUUUUUAUACGAUUUUCCAUUUCCUUAGCAUAUAGUAUGAUUCUUUUUAUACAUUUCCAAUGAUGUUCGUGUAGAUAUUAUGAACUUUGGCAAUAUUGCUCAAUGGAGUUUGUUACAA